AUGUCCGAGGAGAAGGCCAGCAGCCCUUCAGGGAAGAUGGGAGGCGAGGAGAAGCCGGUGGGUGCCCGCCAGGAGAGGCACAAGGAAGACGGCAAGAAGAAGAGCAAAGAAGGGUCCGGAGAUGGAGGGCGCGCGGAGUUGAAUCCUUGGCCUGAAUAUAUUAACUCGCGACUUGAGAUGUAUAAUAAACUAAAAGCAGAACAUGAUGCCAUUCUGGCAGAAAAAGCAGAAAAAGAGAGCAAACCCAUCACAGUCACUCUGCCGGAUGGUAAACAGGUGGCCGCGGAAUCCUGGAGAACUACGCCAUAUCAGAUUGCGUGUGGCAUCAGUCAAGGCCUGGCGGACAACACUGUUAUUGCAAAAGUGAAUAAAGUUGUCUGGGACCUAGACCGUCCUCUGGAGGAAGAUUGUACCCUGGAGCUGCUCAAGUUUGAGGAUGAGGAAGCUCAGGCAGUAUACUGGCACUCAAGUGCCCAUAUAAUGGGUGAAGCCAUGGAAAGAGUCUAUGGAGGGUGUUUAUGUUAUGGUCCACCAAUAGAAAAUGGAUUCUAUUAUGACAUGUACCUUGAGGAUGGGGGUGUGUCCAGCAAUGAUUUCUCCUCUUUAGAGACUUUAUGUAAGAAAAUCAUUAAGGAAAAACAAGCUUUUGAAAGAUUGGAAGUUAAGAAGGAAACUUUAUUGGAAAUGUUUAAGUACAACAAGUUCAAAUGUCGGAUAUUGAAUGAAAAGGUGAAUACUCCAACUACCACAGUCUAUAGGUGCGGCCCCUUGAUAGAUCUCUGCCGGGGUCCGCAUGUCAGACACACUGGCAAGAUUAAGACUCUGAAGAUACACAAAAAUUCCUCCACAUACUGGGAGGGAAAAGCAGAUAUGGAGACACUCCAGAGGAUUUACGGCAUUUCAUUCCCAGAUCCUAAGCUGCUGAAAGAGUGGGAAAAGUUCCAAGAGGAGGCCAAAAACCGAGAUCACAGGAAAAUUGGGAGGGACCAAGAGCUGUAUUUCUUCCAUGAACUCAGCCCGGGGAGUUGCUUUUUCCUGCCGAAGGGAGCGUACAUCUAUAAUACGCUUAUUGAGUUCCUCAGGAGUGAAUACCGGAGACGCGGGUUCCAGGAGGUGGUCACCCCCAACAUCUUCAACAGCCGGCUGUGGGUGACCUCGGGCCACUGGCAGCACUACAGCGACAACAUGUUCUCCUUUGAGGUGGAGAAGGAGCAGUUUGCGCUGAAGCCCAUGAACUGCCCCGGACACUGCCUCAUGUUUGAUCACCGCCCGAGGUCCUGGCGGGAGCUGCCUCUGCGGCUCGCGGACUUCGGGGUGCUGCACAGGAACGAGCUGUCGGGGGCGCUCACGGGCCUCACGCGGGUGCGGCGGUUCCAGCAGGACGACGCGCACAUAUUCUGCGCCAUGGAGCAGAUCGAGGAAGAAAUAAAAGGCUGCCUGGAUUUUCUGCGCACAGUGUACAGCAUAUUUGGGUUUUCUUUUAAACUGAACCUGUCUACUCGGCCGGAAAAAUUCCUUGGCGAUAUUGAAGUCUGGAAUCAAGCUGAGAAGCAACUUGAAAACAGCCUGAAUGACUUCGGCGAAAAGUGGGAGCUAAACCCUGGAGACGGAGCUUUCUAUGGUCCGAAGAUUGACAUACAGAUCAAGGAUGCUAUCGGGCGGGACCACCAGUGCGCAACCGUCCAGCUGGACUUUCAGCUGCCCGUCAGGUUCAACCUGACCUUCGUGAGUCAUGACGGAGAUGAUAAGAAAAGGCCAGUGAUUAUCCAUAGAGCCAUCUUGGGAUCCGUGGAAAGAAUGAUCGCCAUCCUCACUGAAAACUAUGGGGGCAAAUGGCCCUUCUGGCUGUCUCCUCGCCAGGUAAUGGUAGUUCCAGUGGGACCAACGUGUGAUGAAUAUGCCCAACAGGUGCGGCAACAAUUCCAUGAUGCUAAAUUCAUGGUGGACAUCGACCUGGAUGCGGGCUGUACAUUAAAUAAGAAGAUCAGAAACGCACAGUUAGCACAAUAUAACUUCAUCCUGGUUGUCGGUGAGAAGGAGAAAGCCAGCGGCACCGUGAACAUCCGCACGAGAGACAACAAGGUGCACGGAGAGCGCACCAUCUCCGACACGGUGGCACGGCUGCAGCAGCUGCAGAGGGCCCGCAGCCGGCAGGCCGAGGAGGAGUUCUGA